AUUUUCGAGAAAACAUGAUGGAUUCAGCAAGCUACUGUAACUUGGUUAUUCUUAGAUAAGUCAAAUUUAUGGAUGUCUGGCUCUACAUCUGACAUCUCAGUGAGGGCCAUUGUUAAAUUUUGUUUACAAAUGAUAUGCAAAUGUGGUGUUCACGGCCGUGAAAUCAACUAGUUACGGGAAAGAAGCCAUCUAAAAGAUCAACUAUGGCGCCGCCGCGUGCGGAUAACAAGAAAUUCUUGAAGGAAAGAUCAAAACAAAAGGCAGCAAAGAAGCCCUCGAAAUCGUCUCUUCCUUCUACGGCAGUGGCCGUCGCUUUAACCGCUCUGGUAGCGAUAUGUGUAGCUAUGUAUUACAAGAAUGGAUCUGGGGUCGAGACGAACCUCCGCCAAGCGACUAAGGAAAGAACCAAAGAAUCAAUGGGAAAUUCAAAUUUCAAACGAAGUGAUACGAAUGCCGAUUUUAAAGUUCUACCUCGGUUAAAUGGUGUGAAGGUAAGAAAUAGAGAUCCAGUAAUACCUCAGAAAAUAAGUUUCAGCUCAAGAACCCAUCGUAUUAGUGACGUGUCGUUGUAUUUAAUUUAUUUUCUUUGUAUUUAAUGUAUUUCUGCUUACUUCAAUCUAUUGCUUAUAUCGAACAUAUUGUAGGUACAAACUUAACAUGCAAUUAAAGAUCUCAACUUGUUGUUGAAUUGCAUUUUUUUUAUUCAGAACAAAACACCAUGAUAUCUGGAUAACUUAUUCCUGCUUGUUCGUAGAAUCAUGUUUGUCCACGGGUUAUUUAUUUUUUGGUCAUUUUAAGCGAUUCAGUAACGGAUUUUUUUUCUAAUGUUUUUGCGUUUAAGUCUGUAAAAUGAUCAUUUGAUCUUCAUUAAGAUUAACAAUGUAUCGUUGAUAAAACAAACAGAAUAUGCCAAUCCUGUUGAAACGUGACAGUCACGUAACGCAAUCCUUAUGAUUUAAAGAUGUAUCUGUAACUGUAUCAUGAGGUGGAGGUGUUUUCAGCUGUUAUCAUUGCGCCCGCCCCCCUGAAUUAGCCUCACAUAGACGCAUAUUUUAUGAACAAAUUAUGUUUACCCUUCAGGUUGGCCAUGUGCAAAAAAGACAACUAAGCCCAGGAAAAGUGUAUGAAAUUAAAACACUUAGCUUAAGACCGCCUAUCUUCGGUAAGAAAGUUCAAAUUUUCCUAGAUUCUUUGUCAUCCAUUUAUUUAUAUUAAACGCAGUAUUGACUCAUUAAUAAAUUUCAUGUCUUGAUCUCCAUUUCAUGUCAGAAAUUCCCGAUUUUCUGUCCGAAGACGAAUGCCAGACUAUAAUAAACCGAGCUUCCAAGGCGGGCCUGGACACCAGUGAGGUCCAGGACCCUGAAACGGGUAUCAACAUUGAGCCAACCAAUAAGGCGACAUUUCACAGUUGGGAUUACAAUAACGAUGGUGUCAUUGACAAAGUGGAGGUGCGAGGUCGUAGACAGUGCUAUCUUAAAUUUAUUGGCAUUUUGCUCAAGGUGUAAUCUCGAUCUCCCAAAAGUGUUAGUGUCAGUCAAUCUUCUUCAGCCUUCAACUCAUCUCCCAUCAGAGCAAGUGUCAGGCAAUUCUUCUCUGGGUAAAGAGGGUGUGACAAGGUAUAACCCCCUCCUCACCCAGAAGAGUAUUCUUUUGUUAAGAGUGCGAGUAUCUAUUGUAGCAAUUUUCUUGCAAUUCUUCGACGGAUAAAUUUAAAUGAGCAAAGAGGAGACCAAAUCGGGCAAUCAACCUUUAGAUAACAAAACUCUAACUCUUUUAAUUCCUUUUUUGUAGGUAAUGCAUAAUCUUGUUGAUCUCAGUGAUUUAUACUUCUCAGAAGAAGACAUCGCAAAAAUGUAAGUGGCCCGUCAGGGUGGGACGUUAUCAUAAUCAUUUCGUUAUCUUCCCUCGUCCUAUUUACAAAAGACAUGAUCCUUUGUGAUCAUCGCCGUUACAAUUAGGGAGACUUCACAUGUUAAUCACUUCCAGGAGUUUAAUGGUUAAGACAAAGCUGUAACUAUGUUUUUCUUUUUACUAAACGUCUGCAGGUUUGUUGAGCUGAAAGUAGACAAAAAUAACAAUGGUUUGUAUUUUGUUCUUUUUUUUUUUGCUAUUCUCCUUACACUUAACCUUUUUCUUUGGGUAUUUAGAAACCAAAGGAUGAAUUUUUUAACACAAUAUAAACUUUCAGUGGCAAAAUUUCGAUUUAGAGUAAUAUGGGUCAGAUUACUCACGUUGCACUAUUUCUGCCGUUAGUUGACAAUUAACCUUUUAUUUUUAAGGUGUUAUGGAUUUAAAAGAGUUCCUUGCAGUGACGACAAAUAAGAUUAUGAAAAGUCUUCAUACCAUGGCAAAAAAACUUCCUCGGGUGAAAAGCCGAAACAGUCAGCAAACAUGGUUGGAUCAUCGAAAGAUCAAAGGACUCAAUGACAGGUAAAUAAAAAGAGGUCAAGGUAGUGAGUGACAGCCUUUUGUUGACUUUUCCAUCUAUUUUCCGCACAAUUUUGGAAGUUACAAGUUGAUCACCUCCUGGUUUUUAAGAGGUAACAGGGUGGUCGCGCGACUUGGUGUCAAUGGAACUUAUGGGAAAUUUUUAUCUGAAGUAUCUUGAAUAAUUUGCGGUCCACUCAAUAGGCUACUAAAAUAGGAGUAGCCACAUUCUGGUAGCCAUUAACUAAAUUAAAAAAUAUGUCUAACAAACUUGUUAAAAACGUCAAAACAUCUUUUAAAAAUGUUUUUGCAUUUUAAAAUAUAAUCAUUGGCUUUCAGAGUGGCGGCUCUAACAAAGCUUCCAAGGGCAGUUAUAGAGGAAAGUGAAGAGCUUCAGGUAAGCAUUCCGUUUUUUUUUAAUUUUUUUUAUUGAAAGAAUCCAUUGAUCUAUGUUUCCGCUGUGUUUAAGUUAAUAGAGGAAUGAGGUGGCGGUGAUAAUAACCUUUCCUGACCCUUCCCGAAUGAUAAAUGGCUCGAUGCUGUUAUUCAUUCUUUCUUUCUUUUUCUUUUUCCAUUUUUCAUCCGUAGGUUGUCCAUUACCAUCCCGAGGGCCACUAUCACUGUCAUCAUGAUUCCCAAGAUUUUGAACCGAACGUUCCUUGUUGUGCUUUCCGUGAUAGAAGUCACUGUCGUCUUUGCCGGUAAAAAAAAAUAGAUUACGUGCAGUUUUCAUUGGUGCUGCUGCACAAGCAUUUUGCUGGCUUUUCACGAGGUUUACAGAGUCGAGUUAGCCUGCCAGCAAUAUUAGCACUUCUCCACGAGCGUUUAUACGCCCUGGAGCGACUUGAACGAGGCGAACCCGCUAAAGGUGUGCAAGGGGUCUAGAACCAAGCCCCAGAAAACCUCUCCCCGACUCGUCUCAAAUCCACGCGCGGGCGGAGAAACGGACGUUAUGUGCGUCUGCUCGUAAUCUAGAGUCGAGCCAGCCCGCUUUGUUUACAGGCGCGAAAGCUUACCCACAGGCUAAGAAGUCAUAUUUGACCAGUGGGUAAUCUUCCCCACAAAUAAUAUUCGGUCGGGUCUGGAGAAGAGCUGAUGGUGAACUCAUGGUGAGAACGUGUAUGCAAACUUAAUUGUGAGAAAUGCGGAGAGGGAUUUAGAUUUUAGUUAGAUUCAGUUUCGUUUUAAAUUCCAUUGGUUGGGUAGGUGGCAGAAAUUUCGUCGUACAUGUGAAGGGCAUACAUGUGUUAAGAUCCCCUUGUUUGGUCAUGUCAUGUUAAGCUCUCGUUGGGAAACGAGAAAGAUCACAUUGCGUGACGCGAGGUAACAAACCUUGGUAGAAGGAGUCUAAUCUUAAUAUAACUGACUAUAGGAUAUGUUUGAAGUAAAUUUUGAAGAGCCUUGAUCAUUUUCUUACAGGUAUAUUACAGUGUUGUACUUUUUAAAUGAUGUGGAAGAAGGAGGCGAGACUGCCUUUCCAGUUACGGAUAAUGCAACAUUUAGCUCAGAGGUAAAAAAUGAACAGCAAACAAACGAUAACAAAGUUUUUUCUCCUAAACGAAUGUGCCAUAAGGUGUUAAAUUUUAUUGUGAAAAAUUUCCCCCUGCAUUCCAAAUUUUAACCCUCAUUACACAUAACCAUAACUUACCUUAUAUGUUAAGUUUUAAAAUGUGGGAUCUGAUCAGUAUUUUAGCUGAUAAAAUAAUAUCUGAUCUUUCUUUGAUCGCUUUCCAACUUGAUAUUCGUCCACGGCAAACACCAAAGAAUUGAAAUUAUCGCUGUCCACACUUAACCGUUUGUAGACGUUCGUGAAAAUACUGGAAUUAACUGGAAACGAGAUGUUCCUUUUUCAAUCUUUCGUUAUUUUGGAUUUAAGUUUAGAGGAAUAGUGAGCAAAACGAGUGUUCAUUUUUCACUGGCGUUUUCCGUUGCCUUAAUCUUUCACUCACAAGAUCUGAAAGUCAAUUCUCUCUCUGUCUUCCUACGUUAUUCGUUUUAUUUAAGCUCAAAGACUUUGGUUCCCAAUGAAAGAAUGUUCACUAACUGAUGCCUUCCUCUCUUCUCAUUAUCCAUGUGCUUUCAAUUCUUGUGAUAUUGUAAGGAGAAAUACCAUUUUGAGCACUCCUGGCAGUGAUAGGGUGAAACGUUACGCUUCAACUCAGCAUUACUUCGUUCAAGCGAGGAGAUAAAAUGCAUCCAUCUCAUUUAGGUGUUUUAUUUCCUUUGAAUCCAGGCGUGGGCGAAGAUCACCAAAUUUCGCUGCGACCUGAGCAAGCAUUGUUACAAAGCCAACUUAUUUGUAAAACCUCGUAAAGGAACAGCCAUCCUGUGGUACAAUCACUUGCGAGAUGAAAAAACUGGAUGGCACGGGAGACUGGACGAAAUGACUUACCAUGGAGGAUGUGAUAUCAUCAAAGGAGAAAAAUGGAUUGCAAACAAUUGGAUAAAUAUCCUUGGAGACUCGCGAGAGACUAUGGUUUCGUACAAAAAUCCUAAGAAAAAAAUUAAAUGAGAAGCCUUGAAUUGUUAUUGUUUUAAAAUAACACUAAAAAAGAUUGUGACCUUGUUCUCAGCGUCUUCUCUCUACUCGUCCUCCAAAAUCAAAGAGAGACUGGGGCGGGAAAAAAGGGACUCUGAGAAUGUAACUGAACUGGUGUUUAACAAUGCACUGACGCCUUUUCUCUCGAAUUCAUAUUUUUUAGCCUUCCAAAAAUAAUUCUAGCCUCCCCCAUCCUUUUGUGGUGAUUUUCGGGAAGUAAUUCAGGGGGUCGUAUUUCUCUCAAUACACUCAUCAAAUCUAAUUUUGCUACCUUAUAAAUAUUAAGCACCGUACCAGUACUGUUUAAGGUAAGAAAAACUUUUUUGAUGAGUUUUCUCUAUAGAAUUCAACGGUUUUCGACGUUACCCUGUGGCAAUUGCCUCAUGAAACUAUGAAGCUGGCAUUUGUGCCGGGAGGGGAAGGUGUGAAUGUAGUCCUUAGACACCACUGGAGGUAAUAAGAAAAAUAAAGAAAUAUUGAAACAGGUAGAAAAUUGUUUUUAACAAAUAAAAUUUUAGUUUAUCUUUG